AGCGUCUGAAGAAGGAGGAGAAGGGGAGGCAGGAGAUCGAGAAGCUGAAACGCAAGCUGGACGGCGAGUCAACGGACUUCCAGGAGCAGAUUGCGGAGAUGCAGCAGCAGAUCGAGGAACUGAAGGCACAACUUCUGAAGAGGGAGGAGGAACUGCAGGCAGCUAUGGGCCGGAUCGAUGAGGAGGUGAGCCAGAGGAAUAGCUCCCUGAAGAUGAUCCGGGAGCUGCAGACUCAGAUUGGGGAGCUGCAGGAGGACCUGGAGGCUGAGAGGAACAUCCGCACCAAGGCCGACAAACAGCGGAGGGACCUCAGCGAAGAGCUGGAGGCGCUCAAAACCGAACUGGAGGACACGCUAGACACUACGGCGGCUCAGCAGGAACUGAG